AUGUUCCACGUGCAAGGAUCCUUCGAGCAAUCACUUCGCUGCGGCGACGAAGUGUCACCUAACGGCAACAAAACAUUGGCCGCUUUGGCAAAAAUCCACAAACAUUGUACAGGCAAAGCACAUGCUAAUGGAUGCGCUGACCAUAAACUUAAUCCGCUAGCUAAAUCAGAUUCAAACACUAGCUUGCAAUCACGCAAAUCCUUCCGUAACGAAUGCAUAAUAGAAAUCAAAGAAUCUGAUAAGAAUAAUCACAACACGAUCAAAAAUAAUGACGGCUUGUACAGUAAAAGUUUUAGCAACAGUACCAGCUCCUAUGAAGGUCACAGUGAUACUGAUUCCGAAAAUACAUUCAAAUCACGUUCCGAUCAAACCAAAAUAACUGAUCCAUGCGAGCGUUUGUUUGCACAAAACACCAAAGCAUCCCUGAUGAAAACUGCUCGUAUGAGGUAUGCUGACGACAGCAUUAUAUCAGCCCUCCAAGAUGAAGUAGACGGAGAAAAGGUUAAACAACCUUUUUGCAGAACUCCGCUACGAGGAAGCUACAGAGAAAGAAAGUCAGCUGUAGUAACUAUUGAGGAAGUAAAAUCAGAUGGUUCUAACCAAGACGAGGAACUAGCUAACGCUGUGCUUUUUGAUGAAAAAAGAAAAACUCCGACUCAAACAAAACCUGGAUUACAACGGAAGAGUUCUUCGGGCAGCACUGUUAGUAAUGGGAAGUCUGUAAACGGAACGAAACCUCCAUGGAGAGGGGUUAGUAAGAAAGGCAUACCAGCCGAGCCUUUUGUAAGGACUCCCUCAUUCAGAGGCAGUAUCAGAAAGAAGACUACAAAAACUGAUGGUAUACCUUGGAAGAAGUUGUAUGAGCUCUCGCUCUGGCGUCGAUAUGGCGUGAGCUUUGCUUCUGUUGGAGCUGAUGCUGAACGGGCCUUGCUUAGGCCUUGGAGUGAGCUGUCUACGCAGCCAGAGCCACUAUUCUGUUUGGCUAAAUCAGAAGAACAACUAGCAUGCGAGAAAGAAUGGCUGCAGGCUGGUCACAUGUGGCUGGCUCACCGAGGCGGGUUCACUGCUGUAAUGCGAGAGGGAGAGGCAGACGCUGGGAGGGCCAAGGUCAGGGUGCUGCAGACUGGGGAGAUCCUAACUGUGGAUGAAGAUGAUUUGGAGAAGGCAAAUCCUCCUCAAUUAGAACGAUGCGAAGACAUAGCGUCUCUCCGCUGCCUCAACGAGUGCGGCGCUCUGAAUGUCCUACGUUCUCGAUACGCAGCUGGUCUGCCGCACGCCCGCGCAGGUCAUGCUCUCCUGGUACUUGGGCCGCCGAAGCGCACCUCUCCCAUCUACACGGAAAAGGUAAAAUUACAUCAAUGUGACAGGUCGGCGAGCAAAGCGAACGAGCAGACGGAUGACCUGAUGGUGGCGGCCAUGUUCCGUGGAUGCCGAGCUGAUGAUAUGCCGCCCCACGUGUUUGCAGCUGCGCAAUCCACACACCGCUGUAUGCUGGCCUCGCGUAGAGACAGAGCCAUCGUCUUUCUCGGAAGGUCUGGUUCUGGUAAAACAUCAGCGAUGCGUCACUGUGUGUGGUACCUAGCUAGUACUUACCCGGCGCAGGGUUCGAAGCUGACACCCGAACGAUUGGAUGCCGCGUUUGAUGUACUGCACCUGUUCGGAUCUACAAGGACCGGUUCCAACCCUCACGCUUCACGUUUUGUGUCACUGACCUCUUUGGACUUCGAUGGCGGCGGCGCCCUGGCUGCGGCGUCAGUGCAGAUACUACUGCCCGACCUCAAACCUGGACAGGCACCGCUAAGAGCACUGCAUACCCUUUACCACGGCUGUGACGGUCGUCUCCGUCGCGAGCUCCUCUUCGACCAGGCCCCGAUCACAACGCCGAACCCCUUCAUCAGCUCCACUGAAAAUGCGGACGCUCCUACCGAGUUCUCAGCGCUGAAGGAAGCGCUGCAGCUGCUGGCCGUCACUGAGAAUGAGCAGAUGGCUAUUUGGAAGAUCAUGGCUGCCAUUUGCCAUUUGGGAUGGGCGGGGGCUGUUAAAGCUAACACAGGCUCGGGAAUCAAAUACCAGUUCGCAAGCACGGGUUGCGGACAGCGCGCCGCCCGACUUCUGGGAGUCGGCACCGAGGAGCUCGCCAGGGCUAUAUUCGUUACCGUUCCUACAUCGCCACAACCUAACUCUAACUUGAGAACUCCAUCGCCCUCCAACGAGCGCGAAAUGUCCGGCACGGAGGCUGUGGACGCGUUCGUAACUGGCUUGUACAACGAGACCUUCAACAUCAUUGCCGCUCUAGUUAACAGGAGUUUAUCAACCUCGGCGCGUACUUCAGCAUCUAUCCUGCUCCUGGAUACACCGGGGGCAGACAACCCCAUGUGCGCGGGUCAACAGAGUGGAGCCCCACUAUCUAAACUACUCUCCAACUAUUUACAAGAACGUUUGCAAGCAAUGUUCCACGAAGCCCUGCUCGUGGCUCCGCGUGAGAGAUACUCCCAGGAAGGAAUUACACUCGACGAUGGAACUGAAGAAGACUGGCUGUCAGAAACAGUGAACCCGGGCCCGAUGGUGGAGUUGCUUGACAAAGCGCCACAGAAUACAAUAGUGCGAAGCUCUCAGGCAGACCUGCGGGAGUGCGAUCGCAGAGGAUUGUUAUGGCUUCUUGACGAAGAAUCAAUGUACCCCGGCUCAUCAGACGAUACGUUCCUGGAGCGUGUGAUGACGCACUACGGCGCCCCCAACCACACACAUUACCUCAUCAAGAAAGCCCCCCAUGCGAGGCAGUUUGUCCUCCAGCAUUUGCAGGGAACAAAUCCAGUUCUGUACGAUGUGACUGGCUGGGUGAAGGCCAGCCGAGAGAACCCGGUCACGAAGAAGGCUUUGACAUUACUGCAGGAGAGUCAGAACGAGGACAUAGGUCGGCUGUCGUCGUGGUCCCGCGGCGCGUGCGGGCCCAGCGCGUGGAGCGCGGCGGCCGGGGACGCCACGCUGCGCCGCGCCAGCUCCAUACGGAGGACGCUCACCUCCGGUACGGCAGGCAUGAAGCGUCGGUCGACGGCGCUGCAGGCCAAGUUCGUGGCGGACGGCAUCGUGGACACGCUGCGGCGCUGCGGGCCCGCCGGGCUCGGCUUCGUCUGCUGUCUGCUCGCGCAUCAACCGCACGACGCCCUGCACGACCUCAACGUGCCGCUACUCAGGUCGCAGUUUCGUGGCUUCCAACUGCUGGACGCGGCGCGGCUGUACAAACAAGGGUUCCCGGAACACAUGCCGCUGUCAGAGUUUGCGAGAAGGUACCGUCUCCUAGCAACGACGGACAAUGAAGACUCGGACACAGUCCAACAACCAGCUCUCUCCGAUCGACAGAUUGUCGAUGACAUGCUGCUGUCUUUGGACCUCGACGUAUCCAGCUACAGACUUGGACUGACUCAGAGAUCAUUCAGCUUCGCAGACGAUAAUGUAAAUACCUAUAAACAGUAUUACUACUCGCCUCUCUCUCCCCAACAUGAAGAAGAGAGUGACGACAUCGUCGUUAAUAACACAGACGAUGGUGGAUAA